CGUCUUGUGAUCCAGGUUCAUUCAGUGGAUAAGACGAACUAGCCGCGACCUUCUCACAGAACUGUCCGAAGCGGAAGACGAAGGGAACUGGGUGAUGACGUCACUACGAGUGCGCGGAAGAGGCAGGCAACCUGUCAUGGCGGGUGGCGGGAAAAGGAAAAAGCCGGCUGAUCAGCAGUAUGAAGAAGCACAAAAGGAUGCCAAAAAGAGGCACUCAGGGAGGUCAGAGACACCAAAGGAUGUGCGACAAGAGGUAGAGACUCUGUAUCGUCUCACCAUGCCUGAGGAUUUCUACCAGUUUUGGUCUUUCUGUGCAGAUAUUGACAAAGAAGCACCCAGUGAUGUUCUGCAGUCAAGCCUUGGAUUGCAGCUUGUUGGCCCAUAUGAUAUACUUUCCGGCAAACACAAGAUAACCAAAAAGGAAUCGGUGAUUAACUACAAUUUGCACUGGAGGUUCUUUUAUGAUCCACCUGAAUUUCAGACCAUCCUUGUAGGGGAUAGCAAAACCCAGUUCCAUAUGGGGUAUUACAGGGACUCUCCUGAAGACUUCCCUGUCUUUGUUGGAGCCAAUGAAGCCUCAAAAGGAUGUCUAAUUACUCAGCUUGGAGAUAAUGUAUUUUCUGCGGUCAAGCAAUAUGCUUCCAACAAGCUUAAGGAAGUUAAAGAUAGAAUUCAAUGUGGCGCAAUUAAAGAUCUGAUAGAGAAGCUGACCGCAGAAGCUGAAAAUUUGGGUUACUCAUUGGAGCAAAAGUCUGUCACAAUGAAACAACGUCAGAAGAAAGUGGUAACAAAGUCCUUCCAUGGUGCAGGUCUUGUGGUGCCAGUGGAUAAGAAUGAUGUUGGGUAUAGGGAGCUUCCAGAGACAGAUGGAAACCUGAAAAAAAUUUGCAAGAACAUCGUGGAAGCUCCAAAUGAUGAGAAAAGAAUGAAAGCUUUUGCUCCAAUCCAAGAGAUAAUGACUUACGUUCAGUUUGCAAAUGAUGAAUGCGAUUAUGGUAUGGGAUAUGAACUUGGAAUGGACCUCUUCUGUUAUGGAUCCCAUUAUUUUCACAAAGUGGCGGGGCAGCUUUUGCCCUUGGCUUACAAGCUCUUGAAGAGAAACCUAUUUGCUGAAAUAAUUGAGUCUCACCUGGCAAACAGAAAGAAAGAGAAUAUUAACCAACUGGUAACAUAGCAAGCUGUGCCCACACUCUGUCCUCUGUGAUUUAUAUUUGUUUCCUGUUAUUGUGUAUAAAGUAAAUUUUUGUAAUAAAAUGUAACCGUUUCUUGA